GUUCCUGUAGCGCAACCAUCCGCAGCAUCAUGGCGGAGAGAAGCCACUUAUCUGCGGCUCCGGCUACCGGCCACAGUCCGCAAGCGGGAACCACAGCCAGCUGGCCAAUUGUCAAGGAGGCGUACGAGCUGCAGGAUGUUAUAGGCAGUGGAGCCACAGCAGUAGUCCAGGCUGCUCUCUGCCUCCCUCGACAAGAACGUGUGGCCAUCAAGAGAAUCAACCUGGAGAAAUGCCAGACUAGCAUGGAUGAACUACUGAAAGAAAUCCAAGCCAUGAGCCAGUGCAGCCAUCCGAAUGUAGUGACCUAUUUUACCUCAUUUGUGGUGAAGGAUGAGCUUUGGUUGGUUAUGAAACUUAUGAGUGGAGGAUCAGUAUUGGACAUUAUAAAGCACACAUGUAGCAAAGGAGAGCACAAAAAUAGCGUACUGGAUGAAGCCACGAUAGCUACUAUUUUAAAAGAGGUCUUAGAGGGUCUUGAUUACCUGCACAGAAAUGGACAAAUUCACAGGGAUGUGAAAGCUGGGAACAUCCUGCUGGGAGAGGACGGCUCAGUGCAGAUAGCAGACUUCGGUGUGAGUGCAUUUCUGUCGACCGGAGGAGACGUAACCAGACAUAAAGUUAGGAAAACGUUUGUGGGAACUCCAUGUUGGAUGGCUCCAGAAGUGAUGGAACAGGAUUUUGCAAUACUGCCACGUGCAGGAACAGGCAGACAGAUGCAAAUGCAGAUGGAGAAAUUAGGGUGUCAUGGAUGGUCAGGCGAUCAACAAACAGGAUAUCAAAGGCAAGACAAUCUCAAAGCCACUGGGCAAAAAGAGGUCAAUAACGUAAGCACGAGCAGAGUGAUAAACAGGUUUGGUCUCGUCACGAACACAAGGAAUGGCAUGUAUACUUCACAAAGAGUACGAGGUUAUGAUUUCAAAGCUGACAUUUGGAGUUUUGGGAUCACUGCCAUAGAAUUGGCCACAGGAUCUGCACCCUAUCAUCGAUACCCACCUAUGAAGGUCUUAAUGCUGACACUGCAGAAUGAUCCCCCAACCUUAGAGACAGAAGUGGAGGAUAAAGAGAUGCUCAAGAAAUAUGGGAAAUCUUUUAGGAAAUUAAUAACUCUGUGCCUUCAAAAGGACCCGACUAAGAGGCCAACUGCGUCAGAACUUUUGAAAUGUAAAUUCUUCCAAAAAGCCAAGAACCGGGAAUACUUGAUUGAAAAGCUGCUUUGUAAAGGACCAAAUAUAAGCCAAAGAGCUAAAAAGGUGCCAGUGGAGAGGCACAGGAAUGCUGGCCUGCCGGUGUGUUCAGAGAGAGAGCAUGACGCUGGGAGAAGGGUGAGACGAGUGCCAGGAUCAAGCGGUCGCUUGCACAAGACAGAGGAUGGAGACUGGGAAUGGAGUGAUGAUGAGAUGGAUGAAAGGAGUGAAGAAGGGAAGGCAGCUGUCAAUCAAGGAAGGUCACGGAGGGUCAAAGAUGAAAACCAGCAUGGGGAAGUGAAUGCCAACAAUGUCCCUAUAGAAGGCCUGUCCAUUCAGCAUCCCCAGAUUCAACCUCUGGAAAAAAGCCCAAGUACUCAGGAGGCUCUGAACAUGGUCCUGAGGCUAAGGAAUUCGAGGAAGGAGUUGAAUGACAUACGGUUUGAAUUCACUCCAGGCCGAGAUACUGCUGACGGUGUUUCUCAGGAGCUGUUUUCCGCUGGUCUAGUCAAUGGACACGAUGUUGUAGUUGUUGCUGCUAACCUUCAGAAAAUUGUAGAAGACCCUGUUACUUACAAGGUGUUGACCUUUAAACUGGCAUCUGGCUGUGACAGCACAGAGAUCCCUGACGAGGUGAAGCUAAUUGGCUUUGCCCAGCUCAGUGUUACCUGAUGGCGUACCUCUGAGGGUGGAGGAAGAGGAUGCGAGGAGGAAGACGGCUUUGAACAGAGAGACUGAAUGCUCAAGAAAGUGCAGAUUGGGGGUUUAGGAGCCAUCUUCAGCUUACUCCAAGCUCAAGCUCAUCUCUCAGCUCUAUCCUCUUUUUAAUUACCUUCUAACUGUCAAUAACUAAGCAUUGUCAAUAACUAAACACACACACACAUACAGUCAGCUUCCCUUGCCCUACAUUCUGCUCCUGCAAUGUCUUUCCUCAACAUUCCACCUCCCUCUCCCCUCAGCCCUGCUAACUUGAUGCUCUCAGGUGGCUAUAGCCAGCAAUCACAAAAAUGAAUUAGAGUUUAUCUCUUUAUAAUUGUUACGUUUGCUUUCAACAAAGCUAUUAUUUUAUUAUUAUUAUUUAUUGGGAAAAGCCUUCAAUUUCCUUUCCUUGGUUUCAAAGAUGAACUUUUUUGAUGUGCACAUAAACACUGCAAAUCUUGCUGUUAAGUCAGUUAAUUGAAGUCCUCCUUUCUUCCAAAUGUACUUUAUCUUAAUUAUGAGAAAAAAUAAGCACAUUAUUAUUCAUGAUUCUAUAAUGAACACUUUUAAAAGUGAACUGUACUGUAUGUACACAAAAUAUUUAAUCCACUAAGAACGAAUGAAACCGUUUCCCCCCCACAGGAAGUAGGAGGCGAGAACUGAAUGCUGCCACGUGCAAAUGUACUUGCUUAUUUUUCAGGACAGUGUUGACGCUUAACUGCUAGAGGUGCCUUGUUCAUUAAUCCGUGCCUAAGAACACAGGUAACAAGCCGAAGCUGUUUUAAGCAUAGACUGCUUUAUGUUGUUAAACCAAGCAGAAUUGCUUUCCAGCUGAUCGCUCCAUUUAAAAGUAUUUUCACUGGCAAAUGGCUUAUGUUGAAAUGACAAAGCUUUAAUGCACUUUGAUUUUGGAUUGUGCACUGUACACAUGCUUCUCCCCUGGAAAACCUCCAGAUUUAACCUCUAAAGCUUUGUUUUAUGACAAAGGUCAUUAUAACUGUAAUGCACACCUGAACUGUGAUAUGAUGGGGGGAAAAAGCCAGCUGCUGAGUAUAAAGUAGUAGCCAGGAUAUCCCGCUGCAUUAGCCAGCAUGCAUCCGUCUGAUUUUUAUAACAGAAAGAGGUUCAUAACCAAAAGAUGUCUACUGUAUGGGAGAUUAGUCAUUAUUCCAAAAACAAGUACAGUAAUUCCAGAUUACUCCAUUUUCAACUGUACUUGAAAAUAUAUGCUUAAUAUUACAAUAAAUAUUAUUUUAUGAA